UAUUAAUUUGCAGUGAGGUGGCUGCACUUGUCUGACUGUCUCCGUCGAGUGUCCUCUCCUCGUGGUUCGAGUGAAAUUACAUGUCUGCUUCGCAGUGCUUGCUCCAAUAAAACAAAUUCUGUAGUAAUAAAAUUGCUACUGUGAUAAAUUUGAUCGACGGAUUUUCAACACUCGUGUAACAAAAGUGGUCGAAAAGACGAGCAGUAAAGAUGUCGGUCGAACCCGAGAUUGCUUUAAUCGUGAUCGGAGAUGAAAUACUAAAGGGACUCGUGCAAGAUGCUAAUACACUGUAUCUGGCCAAGGCUCUCAGAAAAGUCGGCUUGGAACUCAAAAGGGUUUUCAUCGUUCCCGACGAGAAAGAGAUAAUCGCCGAAGAGGUACACCAUGCGUCCCAGGCAUUCUCGAUCGUCUUCACGUGCGGAGGUGUUGGACCUACGCACGACGACAUCACUUACGAGGCUGUAGCCCAAGGGUUCGGUUUGGAAACGAGUAUUAAUAAGGAGCUGCUGAGCUACAUGGAAGGUCUUUUUCCCGGUUCGGUUCCGGCCAAACGACUCGCUGUGGCGCCCUCCCCUUGCGAGGUCAUAGGCAUCAAACGUCUGAAUGUGGAAGAAGGAAAGAAAUCUUCAACACCGUUUCCGAUUAUAAAAGUUGGCAAUGUGUACGUGCUGCCGGGCUCGCCUCGUUAUUUCCAAGAGGCCUGCGAUCACGUGUGUGCACUUCUGGACUACGGUGUCAAACUACACUCGUGCAGUAUCGACAUCAACAUGGACGAGUUCGAUCUCAUUUCCAACAAUCUCGAUAGUGUGGUCGACAAGUGGCUGCCCCAGGUCGCUAUAGGUAGUUAUCCUCAGAAGCCUCCACCGGUCCGGACGCUCAUCACGCUGGAAUCGCGAGACUGGAAAGCUAUGCGACAAGCCAAACGGGAGAUCGAACAAUUGAUACCGAUGGAUAAAAUCUUGUGGAAAAAGUUCGACUCCGAUAUGGCUAAUAAAGAUUUCGAUUCUCUUCAAUCUGAGGAGCAUGUCGCUAUCGAUGCGAUACAUCGCUGCUACGAUCAAUUCCAGCCGAACCAGAUAUUUCUGAGUUUCAAUGGCGGCAAGGACUGUACGGCUGUGCUACAUCUCGUCGCGAUCGUAGUCGAGAUGCGAAAAGUCCCGCCGCCCAUCUGCCUCUACGUUACGUCCGACGACGAUUUCGAAGAGGUCAAGACCUUCGUCGACGACGCUUCCUUUUAUUAUGGUGUCCAAAUGGUACAUCGCAGCGGCUCCAUGCGCCGAGUGCUGACCGAAUUCAUUUUAAAUAAGCCAGAAUUGAAAGCUUGCCUCAUGGGUAUUCGCAAGGGCGAUCCUGGCAGCGAGAGGCUCGACAUUUUUACCCAGACCGAUCCCGAUUGGCCCCGAUUGAUGCGAGUCUGUCCCAUUCUCAAGUGGUCCUACAGUCAAGUGUGGAAAUUUUUGCUAGACCACGAAGUGCCUUACUGCUCGCUCUACGACGAGGGUUACACGAGCCUCGGAAGUCGCAGCACCACCAUGAAAAACCCAUUGCUCAAACAUCCCAACAAUCCGCUCUGCUAUUUGCCGGCAUACACCCUGGCCGACGAUUCCACCGAGCGACAAGGCAGAGGAUAGCCCCAGCUCAAAUGCGCGUCUCUUUGUGUCUCCUCGAAACUUUGAUAAACGACGCCAGCUAUACCAAUUGUACAUAUUUGUAAUGCAAAGGAGACCGCGAGUGAUUUAUGUAGCGAAACGCUCAAAAACUUAAUCUUAAAUAUAGUUCCAUUUAGCAACGAAUUUUUUUGUUCGCAGCGUGAAGUAGUCAAGUACAAGGUUGGCCAGUAGUAUAUAAUGUAAAAAAUAAAUAAAUAAACGAGCAGCAAAAAAAAAAAAACAACAAAAUUGAUAUACAUCCGCUUAACGUGUGUACAGACAACACUGCUCUUUUUUUUGCAGUAUAUAAGCCAAUGACACAGUAUAAUUCGUAUAAUUCCGCGACUCGAGCUAUUAAAUCAGCCGUGCGGUGACAGUUUUGUAAGGCUUAUUUAUUACGUGAAGGUUUGCGCUUGCUCUGCAUACACAUUAAAACAAUGUCUUAAUCUGCACGGACGACGUCAGAAUUUUUUUUCUUUUUAAUCUCAACCAAUUAUUUUCAGCCUAGAUUUUAGAUUUAUCAAGCCAAAAAAUUAUGUAUUUUGCGAAUCUCUUGUGUUGCUGUUAACUCAACGAUUUUCAAUGUCGAUUUAUACUAUCAAAAUCAAUGUGCACACGAAACACUAUGAAAUAAAGUGAUAUAUAUUUUUUAAAUAA